UUGUUAUCGGCAAGAUUGCCAUGCUAUUUAUCUCAUAUGGUGUCAGAAGAUAUAACUCUUGCAUGUGCACAGACAAAUGUUUUGUUGUGCUGUGUCCAUGUUUUAUGUGGCUGCAUUUCUGAAAGUGAAUCUAGGAUGUUGCCAUGUAGAAAAUAAUCCAAUCAGAGUGUGGGAAACUGUAAUCCUGUCUAAUCCCACCACAUCCAUGAAGAACGGAGAUCAUUCUGGCAGUAAGAGUGUCACUGACACAAAGGUCCUCUCCUCUAAAACCUCAGACUUGCACAAUAUUUCUCCUGAUUGUAAAUGUCUUGAAUGACAAUGUGGAUGUAGCAGGUGUGGAUCUCUGAGCUAGAGCAAAGUAAAACCUUGUUUUACACACUUAAGACACAUACCGAUCUCACUCACAUGCCCCUCACCACAGGUCACCAGCUACUUAUAAGGCAAAGCUGUUGAGGACACUCACAGGAUGUCCUUGGGGGCAAAAUGCUUGAGCCUGCUAUUGUUCACAAAUAUGCUCUUUUUUGUAUCAGUUUUGUAUUUUUUAACUGUCCAUAUUCAAGUUUUUUAGCCCAUUGAAACCACACACACAAGAGUUGAACAACUGUUGGAAGAAUUAUUUUUAAACUUUGUAGUCCCCUGGGCCUUGUACCUCUGUUUUUAAGGGUCUAUUUGUGUGGAUGGUUGCCAGGCACUACAGUUACUAUGUAUUCGAUCACAGCAUGAAAAAGUGUUUCCCAAAAGUUCGCGCUAAGGGGUUUCGGCAGGUGUAUGCUAUGUUCUUACAAAUUUGUUAGACAUUUGAUUGUCUGAAGUAUAGGUAAGUGUUGCACUGCAAAAGUGUCUCAUAAAUUUCAUUUUAUAUUUAAAAGAUAUUUAGAAGAAUAUGUCAGCUUAUUUAACUAUAAAUUCUCCUCCCUGGCUGCCCAGUAGGUGGCGAUUUGCAUGAAGAUUGCAAAUCAGCAAAAACAAAAGAAAAACAAUGUGAAAGUGGACAUUGAUAUUAAAAAAAGGACUUAAAUAUUGAUCUGUUUUUCACCCACACUUAUCAUAUCGCUACAGAAGACAUGGAUUAAACCACUAGAGUCGUAUGGAUUACAUCCUGUCAACACUCGACACGAAUGUUCUAAACCUUUUAAUUUGUGUAGUCGCAUCAGCGCAAAAUGAAACGGGACACCCAUUUAUUGUCGGUGUGAUGAACAUGCCACAACGGACGCUUCCAGUGUAGACAGCAUCAUUGAUUAUAAUGGGUUAAAUGGCUUUUGACGCACCAUGCCGCUCGCGUCUGGGGUAGACUGGGUGUUACUUUUAUGCUGCAUUUGGAGCUUAAAAAUUUUGGUACCCAGUUAUUUGCAUUUUGUGGACCUACAGAGCUGAAAUAUUCUUCUAAAAAUCUUCGUUUGUGUUCAGCAGAAGAAAGAAAGUCAUACACAUCUUGGAUGGCAUGAGGCUGCCACCUGGCUGUCUCUACGACAACUGACCAGACCAGCUUCAACAACUGCACCUGAGAGAAAGGGAAGACAUCACAGACUCUCUCAAAUAAAGAUGGGCUACGAUGUGGAACGCUUUGUGGGUUAUGUGAAUGAGGGUCUGCUGUGCUGUGUUUGUCGGGAUGUGUUGGAGGAUCCUUUGCAGGCUCCAUGUGAACAUGCCUUCUGCAGCUCCUGCAUUCAUGGAUGGCUCAUCCACCAUAACAAUUGUCCAGAGGACCGCUUACCUUUAAACAUCACACAUAUACGCCCAUUAUUCAGAUACAUGAGGAACGAUUUAGCAAGGCUGCAGGUGAGGUGCUUGUUUCGGCCACAAGGUUGUGAAGUCAUUUGCACCCUAGAGUCUAUUCAUAGGCAUGAGCAACAGUGCGACUAUGCUCUACUGAAUUGCAGUAAUGCAGGCUGCCCAGUUCAGGUGUUGCGACGUUCUCUGGAAGCUCACUUGUGUGUCUGUGAGUACAGCAGUAGAGUUUGUGCAAGUGGCUGCGGAUACACAGUACUAAACACAGAAGAAGCCCAGCACAACUGUGUAUCUGAGCUCCGAGCCGAGCUGGACAUGCUCAGGGCAGAGUUAGACUGUAAGGUUGAAGAGGCGAGGCAUGAAAUGGAAUCUCGCUUGGAUUCCCAAAGACGACACAUGGUACAGAAAGAGAGUUUGCUGAGGAGUGAGGUGGAUGAACUUAAGGGACAGCUUUCCCGUGUGAUAUCAGAAGUCCGCGUUCUACUGGGCGCAGAAAGAGCACGCAGACAAGAGCUGGAAAGGGCGGAGCUUGAGAAGGCAGAGCUUCUUGAACUGUUAAAGAAGGAUGGACUUAGACCAGCCACUCCCUCUGAACCAGCAACACCUCCUGUUGAGGGGCCAAGAAAGUCAAGCCCCCGAAACCUGGCUUUGGACUGCAUCAAGAGGAAGAAUAGAGAGGUGACCGUUAUUUGAGGACACUGCUUUUAAUGAGACUCAGGGAGAACAAUAAGGACGAAUGAGCUUUAUGUAGGUUAACACUAAUAAAAAACACUACCUAUAAUAUACUUAUUCACAACUCCUCACUCUUAAAAGUGCAAUCUCUAAUUUUUGCCCAUUGUACAAAGGUGCCACGGUUUGGCAGAGUAGCCUACCAGGAACAACGGAUGGCACCUUUCUCCCAUCGUGCCAAAGCCCACUCACUCUAUCUCUGUAACCCCCCCCCCAUUUUGGGACACUUUCGUUUAUGGAAUUAAUUAAUCAUGGCAGACUGUGAAUAAUGCAUUUUUAUAAUGGUAUCUGCAACUCAAAACUUUAACAUGAUGCUGCAUCCAUGCUGCUAAGUGUCAGUAUAAUUCCAAGAUGACUUUUAAAAUGACCAACACAACAUAAAAGAUUACUGAGUGCACCUUUAAGAAGCCCAUAAUU